GAAAGUCAACAUCUUGGGAACACAUUAUAUAGUCGAAUAAGAAUUUAUGUGUAGUUGACUAGUAAUUCCCAAGAGAAGAAAAUAUCUCUUUGUUUAAUACAAUACAACCACCUCCAAAUUUAUGUGCAACAUUGUGUCUAAGUUGAGUUAAGUUCCAUGAUCAUGGUUGAACCAACAGAAAGGUAUGCAGUGGUGACUGGAUCAAACAAAGGAAUUGGAUUAGAGAUUGUAAGGCAAUUAGCUUCAGCUGGAGUCAAAGUGGUGCUUACAGCAAGAGAUGAGAAAAGAGGUCUUCAAGCUCUGGAAAAACUCAAAUCCUAUGGUUUGUCUGAUUUUGUUGUGUUUCAUCAACUAGAUGUAGCUAAUGCUGCAAGUGUAGCUAAUCUUGCAGAUUUUGUCAAAUCCCAAUUUGGCAAACUCGAUAUUCUAGUUAACAAUGCUGGGAUUAACGGAGUUGAAAUUAAAGACAGUGAAUUAUACAGUCAAGCAAUCAUUACGAACGGGGCACUAUCUGAUGAUGAGUUGAGAAGGGCAGCGACAGAAACAUACGAGUUAGCUAAAGAAUGCAUACAAAUAAAUUAUUAUGGUGCUAAAACAACAUUUGAGUACCUUCUUCCCCUCCUUCAAUUAUCUGAUUCACCAAGAGUUGUCAAUGUUUCAUCAGCAUUGGGCAAGAUAGAGUGUGUAUCAAAUGAAUGGGCUAAAGGCGUAUUCGGCGAUGUUGAUAACCUUACAGAAGAGAGAAUAGAUGAAGUUAUAAAGGAGUUUAUCAAAGAUUAUGAAGAAGGGUCCUUAGAAAGAAAAGGUUGGCCUAGGUUUUUGGUUGCUUAUACUGUUGCUAAAGCUUCGAUGAAUGCGUAUACAAGAAUUAUUGCGAAGAAAUAUCCUACUUUCCACAUCAAUUGUGUUUGUCCUGGUUAUGUCAUAACGGACAUAACUGCUAAUACUGGUUUCUUCACGGUAGAAGAAGGUGCUUCACAUCCAGUUAGGUUAGCACUAGUUCCUAAUGAUGGUCCAUCUGGCGUUUACUAUAUCCGGAAUGAAGUCUCUUCAUUUUGAUUGUAUUAUAUAUGAUGUUCAAUUUUAUGGAUUAUGAAUAAACUGCAUUGGAACCCCUUAAAAUCACUUCAUAUUUAUCAUUUCA